AUGAAAAACCCGUGUUUCCAAGUGAUUGCCAUGGUUAUAGGUCUUUAUUUUACCGGCACAAUGACAAACCCAUCAAGAAAAAGCAGUAUUUUAUUCAGUUCCAAGUGCCAAUGGAAUGGAUAUCUUACAACAAAUUGUUCUUUUGCUCGAAAGCAUGAAACACCCGUGGACAUAAAACAGAUAGCACCCACGGUGGAUGAAAGUUCCAAUCUCUUUAUGGUUCUCUUAAAAACUCACAUGAAAAAAGAAGAAUGGAACAUAAAACACCUGGACCUUAGUAACAAUCUCAUAUCAAAAAUAACCUUAAGCUCUCUUGAACAUUUUCAUGCUUUGGAAAUAUUAAACCUCAGCAACAACGCCAUUCACUCAGUAUUAUUGGAUCUACCCAGUUUUAAGUCCUCAUGGGUGAAACGCCACAGAGGCAGCUUGAGAAAUUGGCUUCCAUUUCUAAAGUUGCUUACUCUUCAACGAAAUAAACUCAGCAACAUUCCCAAGGGACUAUGGAAACUGAAGUCAUUACAGAGUUUGGAUCUGUCAUUCAACAGGAUAUCACAAAUUGAUUUGUCUGAUUUUCAUAACUGCCUGCAACUGGAAAACCUCCAUUUAAAGAGCAACAGGAUAUUCAGAAUUCAUCCAGAAGCCUUCAAGGACCUAAAAAAAUUACAGAUGGUAGACCUCAGCAACAACGUGCUGACAGCCAUCCUGCCAGUGGUAGUCAUGGCCCUAGAACUUCCCCACCUGGAGGCUGACCUGGCUGAUAACCCGUGGCAAUGUGACUACAGCCUGGCAGUCUUCCAAAAUGUUAUUUCUGAGUCCUGGAGGAAAAGGUGGAAUGCUGUUUGCAGUGAGUCCUUAGGGAAGGAGGAUGCACACUGGUGGACCCUCACAAGCAGAGUGUCCAGAGAGACUCGCCUUCCUCACGCUGAUCUGAGUCAUAUGAAAACCAUCAUAGGGAGCAAAGCUGAGAGGGCCCCGGAAGUGCGCUAUUCCAUGCUGGAGAAGGACACUGCAGACUCUGAUGUUGGUGACAGGCCGAGACAGCUGCUAAAACGGGUUAGGAGGGCCGAGGAUGUGCACGCUGCUGGCAGAAAAGAAGACUCUUCCCAGGACCUGGUCCUGGCCAUCUGCCUGUCGGUGUUCAUCACGUUCUUCGUGGCUUUCUGCCUGGGGGCUUUUGCGAGACCUUAUGUGGACAGACUGUGGCAACAGAGAUGCCGGAAAAAAAGUCCAAGUUCAGCGUCAGGGAACGUGUAUUCAAACCAGGCCUUCUAUGAUGAAAUCGAAGAUGUGGUAAACCUACAGCAGCCGAGGAUGGAUCUGCAGCAAACUGUCCAUCUAAACCUCUAUGAGAACCAGGCCCCACGUGCCGCUGUGGUUCCUGCAAGAACAGUGGCACCGAGCAGAAGGGAGGCUGGCGGCCGGCAGGACAGGGAACAACGCGGGGUCCCCACUGGGGCAGAAAGUGGGAUGGAUAAGAUGCCCCCAAAUCACAGUGCAGCCCAGCGCGUUCUCUACGGACAGCCAAACGCCCAUGACACCCAACUCACGUCGGCGGGAUGGGACCACAUCUACAGGAAUGAUGUUCCUGGAGAAGGCAGCUACAACACUGUGGCCAGGCAAGUUUCCCUCGGUGAGCAUUCAGUGGGCAUCCCUGCAGUGUCUGCCGGAAUACAGACCAGCCCUGGCUCAGACCAUAAGGAUUCCAAUGAACUAGGCCCACCCCGCCCCAGGGAAACAACAGCGCCUCUCUGCCAAAGGCCAGCGCACACACAGGCGCUGAGCCCUGGGGCGGAGAGCAGAGGGGCUCCCCCACACUUCCCUUCGGAGUUUUCUAAGGAGAACGGGCAGAGCCCACAGCAGCAGAGCCUCCAGGGUGCCGGUGCCCAGGGACAACCUCCCGCCCACUACGAAGCGGCCGCGCUCAGUGACGCGGGAGACCCGUCCCCACUCGGCGUCCCUCCAGGAUGCGGCGGGGAGCUGCCAGUGACUCCAGCUUACCAGGAGCCCACGCAGAAGCACACUCCUGACGCUCAGUACGAGGUGGGCUCUGACUCCGAUUCUGAGGAAGGGUCUUUAUUUACUCUGAGUUCAACAAGUUCAGAAGACUGGAGAGAUGUGGCGGAAGAGGAGGCACGUGGGGAGCAGGGCUGGAGAGCCGGGGAGCCCCCUGGGGACCAGGUCUCCUGUGAGAGGAGGGACAGUGUCGGGCCAUUUGAGAGUCCUGGGAACAUCGCCUUCCAGAAGACUCUGAGGAAAUGUGAAAAUCGGGAAGAUCAUUUUGGGAAAACUCUCAUUUCUGACCCAGACUCUCAUUUGUGCGAGACUCAUCUGGAAGGUGCCUUUAACGUCAACAAAUAUGAGGAUUCCUUGCCCCAGUCAUCAGGCAGCAGUCCGAUCAGUGAGGCGGUCCCAAGCGUGUCCAUUUACAAUUACAUCUCAGCGCUUCAACCCAGCGCAGUGGAAUGGCAGUACUCACUUAGAGACUUGGAAUUUGCAGAUGUGGAUGCUUGA